AUGGCUGGCAUUGGGCGUUGCAGGUCUGAGAAGGAACAUCUUCCUCCGGGCAUUUUGAUUUCGGGCCCGUGGGCCACCUUGCGGCGCGCGUCCUUGAACCAAGCACACGCGGCCGCGCGGCAACACCCCAAGCAGAAGGAGGAGAUUUUCUUGAGAGAAAGGGCUGAUUUCUUGCGAGAGGUGCAGGAGGCAUCUGGCCUUCCGCUUGCGGGAGAUCUGCAAUUGGCAGGCACCUCAAAAUGGAAGCUCUUGCCUCUACCACGUGCCCGCAAUGAUACAUUGCUGCUUUGCUUCGAGGACAUGUUCCGUGCCCGCGAAACUUCCGUACUGGAUGACUUGCUGGGGACGGUGAAGCGAAUGAAAGGUGCCACCUGGACUUUGACCACGGACGCGUUAGCGAUGCCACAAGCCGUGGAAGAUUUCUUGGAAGUCGAUGAGGAAACCAAACAGCUGUGUUUGCCAAUAACGACGCUGUCCAAAUCUUUUGCGCCGGGGCUCAGUUAUGUGGGCAGCAAGGACGUUCGGAGUUUUUGCUUCACCGGUCACUAUGGCAAGGUGAUGCACAAAUCCAGCGGCUCCCUGUUGUACAUGGGAGAGGAACCUUUGGAUCGCUCCCGCCUAGCGCAGUCUGCGGGCUUGGUGCGCUUCUUCAGUCCCAAGGAGAUUUUGAAUUUCUUGGGAUUUCCGCGCAACUUCAUUCUGCCCAAAGACAUGGAACUGAAGCAUCGCUACAAGGUGGUGGGCAACUCCAUCGCCGUGACCGUCGCAUCGCAGCUCUUGAGGCUCCUGCUCCACGGCGAGGGCGCUGAGCGGCUGAAUUCCUUGGAAGAAGCGCCACCAAGGUCGCAGGAGGAAGUCGAUUGA